CUUCCUUCCGAAACCGAGCCCUCAGAAGCAGUGAGUGUAAGUAGCAUUUAGCCAUGGAACUUUCUCAAACACUUGCCUUGUUCCUAGAGGACUUCUGCGGUCAAGUGCACGUGGCGGACAUUCCCCCAGUCGAAGCUAUUGGCAGCCUUGCCAAGGGAAGGCGCAAGCCCUCGGCGGACUACAGGGUUUUCGUCGGAAAGCCGAGCCACGUAAACCUGCAGCCACACUUGGAGCGUCUCGUGCGCGAACUAUUGACUGCUAGCGCGUCCUGGACUAUACCACUGAGCAGUUGCCAAAUCAUGUCACCCCGAUAUCUCGAGAUUUCUCUGAACCGCGCCGCAGCUUACAGAUCGUUGUUCAGUUUUAUACUUGGCCCGCAAAGAGCAAGCGGUCAGCAGCUGGAACGGAGUGGCGGCGAAAGUGUGCUCAUUUUUGUCCCACACGCGGACGAAUCGUUCACCGGCAUACGAACUGAAAUGCUAGCUGCGUAUGCCUCAAGAUGCUAUGGCGACAGGGAUGUGGGUGUUAAAAUCUACACCAGCAAGCCAUCGCAAUGUGCUGCAGCGCCAUGCUUUUGGCGAUGUAAUCGCAUGCGACCAAAGCUUUCCUCUGGAACAAAUGAAAAUUAUGUAGUGACUGAUUACAUUAAAUUUUUUGAAGGGGAGGAUACAUUUGAUCUAAAGAGCUAUGUUGCUAGCGAGGGUAUUGACGUAUCAGGCUACGACAUACAUCUUGGCAAAGUGAGCAUUGAAAGCCCUGCAUUUGUGAUUGCUCGCCAGUUGGCGCACAUCCUCAAAAAUUACAGCGACACCAAUUCUAUCACUGUUCUUGUAGUCAUUCCAGCCUGUAAAGGUUUUGCUGUACAACAGGCUGGACUCUUGUGCACAACAAUGCUUCCUCGGGAUCAGCUUAACAAGCUUCAGCCAACGGUGCUUUACUUGAUUCAUGAGGGAACUUUUGAACUUCCUGAUCGUUCCUUCGACAAUUACUUAGAACAGAGGAGGACUUUUGUGACGGGAGCCUUUCAGCGUACUCGCGAAGACUUGUCUGCCUCUGCCGGAAGUGGCAGUUUUGAAGACGAGUCUGCAAGGGACAGUGACAGCUUACAGGUGGCAAUCGAUGUGCUUGUGGAGACUGAAGUCACUCACGAGUUCCUCUCAAGCAAGCAAAAUGUCAAGUUAAAACUGUGCGAGCGCUUGCGUCAUGCAGAGAAGGGUCACUACUUCUCCCAGUACACCUUGGCUAGGAUUGCUGCAAUACUAGACAAGUAUGAAUCGUCUGUAAAAGCAGGCACCUAUCCAGCACUGUGCCGGCUGGAAGACAUUGACUUUGGCCUGCUCUGCGAAGAGUCCGAGUGGCUGUUGUGGCACAGACUGUUGCUUUGCUGGCAGCUGCUUCGAGAGCCCAUGCCCCAGACUCUACCAGGCAGUGUCAAAGUGGAAGUGAACGCACACACUCUCCUCAGAGCCCUGGAGGCCCUCUGCACAGAGUUCAGUGCCUACUACAGCAAAGUCAGGGUUCUCGUUCAUCCAGAGCCUCACCUGAAUGCCAUGGUGUUUGCACGAAUUUGGCUCAUCAAAGUUGUCCAGAGGACAGUGCUGUGUGUGCUCAACAGGUUCGGCUUGAACGGGUUGGACAGGAUGUGA